CCGGGCUGCAUGGGGGGUGAGACGAGCUCCUCACUCUGCCAGCACACACUCCGCAUCUGAGCGGACCGGACUGGACUGGAUGCUACUGGACUGACCAGAGCAGAACUUGGCAGUCGAAGGCUGAUUUCUGUGGGAGAAGAGCACAUCAGAGGCAGCUUGUUUAGAAAGGAGAGGAAGGUUGAAGGUGCUGCAGACUCCUUUGAGUGAAACAAAGGACGAGGAGGCGACUGCAGGGAAGCGCGAUGGCAGGGCGGGGGCUCUCCGGCCCUCUCCCUAUAUUCACCCUGCUUCUUGUCCUGGUGGGAUUCCUACCUGUGACCCAGGGCUCUGGCCACUUGUCUGGGUAUCGCCUCAGGUCGCGCCUGCAGAGGGAUCGCCACUUCCGCAACAUCCGACCCAACAUCAUCCUCAUCCUCACCGAUGAUCAGGACAUAGAACUGGGCUCAAUGCAGGCCAUGAACAAAACUCGGCAAGUCAUGGAAAAGGGCGGCACGCAUUUCUCCAACGCUUUCUCCACUACGCCCAUGUGCUGCCCGUCGCGCUCAUCCAUCCUGACGGGAAAAUACGUGCACAACCACCACACCUACACCAACAACGAAAACUGCUCCUCGCCCUCGUGGCAGGCUCACCACGAGCCGCACACCUUCGCCGUGCAUCUCAAUAACUCUGGCUACAGGACAGCCUUCUUUGGAAAGUAUCUGAAUGAGUACAACGGCUCCUAUGUGCCCCCUGGCUGGAAGGAGUGGGUAGCACUGGUGAAGAACUCCCGCUUCUACAACUACACCCUCUGCAGGAACGGAGUACGAGAGAAACACAGCGGUGACUACUCGAAGGACUAUCUGACAGACAUCAUUACCAACGACAGCGUCAACUACUUCCGCAUGUCUAAGAAGAUGUACCCCCACCGUCCUGUCAUGAUGGUGCUGAGCCACGUCGCUCCUCACGGUCCAGAGGACUCGGCCCCGCAGUACAGCACCGCCUUCCCCAACGCAUCACAGCACAUAACUCCAAGCUACAACUACGCCCCGAACCUCGACAAACACUGGAUCCUCCGCUACACUGGAGCCAUGAAGCCCGUCCACAUGCAGUUCACCAACAUGCUGCAGCGCCGCAGGAUGCAGACCCUGCUGUCUGUGGACGACAGUGUGGAGAAGCUGUACAACAUGUUGGUGGAGACGGGGGAGCUGGACAACACCUACGUCAUUUACACCUCAGACCACGGCUACCAUAUCGGCCAGUUUGGUCUGGUGAAGGGAAAAUCUAUGCCUUAUGAGUUCGAUAUCCGCGUUCCCUUCUACGUACGAGGACCUAAUGUGGAGCAAGGUGCCAUAAAUCCUCAAAUAGUGUUAAACGUCGACUUGGCGCCGACUAUGCUGGACAUGGCCGGUGUUGAUAUCCCUGCAGAAAUGGACGGAAAAUCGAUCCUCAAGCUGCUGGACACAGACAGGCCAGUCAAUAGGUUCCAGGUGAACAAGAAGAGUAAACCAUGGAGAGAUUCUUUCCUGGUGGAGAGAGGGAAGCUUCCACACAAGAGACCUGAUGGGAAGGAAAUGGCCCAGGAGCAGAAUUUCUUGCCUAAAUACCAGCGUGUGAAGGACCUGUGCCAGAAAGCAGAGUACCAGACGUCCUGCCAGCAGCCAGGACAGAAGUGGCAGUGUGUAGAGGACCCGACUGGCAAGCUGAGGCUGUAUAAGUGUAAGGGCAUGGCAGGUCUCUUUGCUCCACGUAUGCAGGCUCUGAUGGCCAGAGGUGCCUCCCACCUCCAGAUGCCUCCCACCUCCAACUCUGACGGCUGUAACUGCGAUGAUGUGGGCUUCAAAACAUCCUUCCUGAAGAGGAAGAAGCUGCUCACCAAGAAGAAUCCCUCUGUCUCAUCUAAAUCAGAGAUGAAAUCCGGUAAGGCUGCCUCGAGGAAGCGCUGGGCCCGCUCUGUGUCCUUUGAGCUGGAAGGGGACCUGUACGCUGUCGACCUGGAGGAGGGAUACCAGCUCCUGGGCUCCAAGAAUAGCAGCUGGGCCCCACAUCAGAGCAAAGUGGAGAAUGAGGAGGAUAAUGAAGAGUUCAGUGGCAUGGGAGCCACAGCCAUACCCACCACCAGCAGAACAGUCACACCACCUGCUUCUCUUAAAGUGACCUACAGGUGCUCUAUUCUUAUGAAUGACACAGUGCAAUGUGACGGAGGCCUCUACAAGUCUCUGCAAGCAUGGAAAGACCACAAACUGCACAUUGAGCAUGAGAUUGAAACCUUACAGACCAAAAUCAAGAACCUGCGGGAUGUGAAAGGUCACCUUAAGAAGGUGCGGCCAGAGGAUUGUCAUUGUAACACUCCCAGUUAUCUCUUCAAGAAUAAAGAGGCCUACAGGCUCAAUGCAGGGCGCAUGCUCUCCGUCAAAAUGCCAUCAAAGUUGAAGAAUCAGUGGCUCCAAAAGGAGCAGAAGCGCAAGAAGAAACUACGUAAAUUCCUCAAGAGGCUCCAAAACAACGACACUUGCAGCAUGCCUGGCCUCACCUGCUUCGUCCAUGAUAACCAUCAUUGGCAGACGGCCCCCUUCUGGACAAUGGGUCCGUUCUGUGCAUGCACCAGUGCCAACAACAACACCUAUUGGUGCCUGAGGACCAUCAAUGACACGCACAACUUCCUGUUUUGUGAAUUUGCUACCGGUUUCCUGGAGUAUUUUGACCUCAACAGUGACCCAUACCAGCUGAUGAACGCUGUCAGCAGCCUCGACCGCAACGCUCUGAAUGCAAUGCAUCAACAGCUCAUGGACUUACGGGCCUGCAAGGGACACAAGCAAUGCAACCCAGAGAAGGGAGGAAAAGAGAAAAACUACUUCAGUGAAUACAGGCCAGUUCAUCGUCGAAAGAGGCCAAAAGUGAAGAAGCCUUCCUCCAAAUCGCUAGGGCAGAUUUGGGAAGGAUGGGUUGGUUAACCGCCUGCAUGCCACAACCCACCUCAUCAGCCUCCUCCUGAAGGAAGGAGAUUGAGGACCAGAGGACCUUGACCACACUUUGAUGGACCACAACCUGAGAUACUACUUUACUCUCAUCUGGGUUUUACUCACCCAGGCAGAGGAGAUGCUGAGAAUGACAGGAAGCUCAAAGACUUUUCAAUUCCACGUUCGCACACAUUUCAUUCUCAUUAUGUUCUGUUACCCCUCAGCUGUCCAGAACAUUAACAGGAAGCUGUGAAUCAGGUUGGACAGUUUGAUGUCCACAAGCCAUUCUGUCUAACCGUACUGCUUGUACAUAAUAUAUAUCAGCUUUCUUUCAUGUCAUAUGGGACUAUGUUGAAACACCGUGAGUGACAACUCUGCUGCUACUCAACGAUGUCACGGCCCUCAUGAUGUUUCUGUGGCACAUGCUGAUUAGCUUAAACAUUUGGAGUAACAACAGGACAUGUUUUCUUUCUCUGCACCAAUGUGUCUGCACAUGUAAGUGGUAUGGCGUUUAAACGACAGACAAGAUCUCUUUCGCCAUAAUCUUUUGUAUUAUAGUUGUAAUGCUGAUGAAUGUCCUUUAUGAAGCAUUAUCUUCCUCAAAGCUGUGAGAUGUGAGAUUGUCUGCCUUGAUCCAAACACACCCAGUGUCAGCCACUCCUUGGACAGGCCUGUAGAUCCCACCACUUCUCACAAUGAUACAACUCAACCGUCCAGAAUAUUUGAGCACUGGAAGGUGUCAUAAGUGAAAACCAUUUUACUGCUUUGUAUCGUGAGUUAUCACAAUGUAGAAAUAUCUAAGUUUUGUUCAGCUUGCUCUAUAUGGUGCUACAGGAUAACAAUACAGAGGUAAAAUCUUGCUGUACAGUACAGUAUGUAUUUGAAUGUAUGUUGUGCAAUUAAUAUAAAUGUUUACAAUAUUUUUUAUAAUACUGAAGAGGCAGAGCUCCUUGUAUGAUAUGGGUAUAAACUUGUAGGGAGAAAUGUAGCUUGAAAUUGCCCGAAACUGGUAUGUCCUUUCCUUAUUUACAUCGGAAAAGCACUUAAAGGGUUCACUGUGAAGAGAUGCGUUUAAUGGAUAAAUAGUUUACUCUGUGCCAGAGGAACAACACAACAGUGUAAUAAUUAUUGAUGUGAAUUUUAGCUAUCUGCCUUUGUUAGCUUCUUUAAUUAUAAUUUUUUCUAGCAAAGUUUCCAUAGACCUGAGCGCUGAUAGUAAUUGUGAAUAAAGUGUUGUUUGAAACUAAA